CAGCAACCAAUCAUAUCAAUCCAUCACCGGACCCACCGCCCGAGGCGAAGUCGGCCACCGCGCAGCCACUAGCGUCGGGGGUAAGAGCAGACUCUGAUUUCGUAGUCAUCCCGGCGGCGAUGCUGUGCGCACUGAUUUGUUUUUUAGGCCUUUGUGGUUUUGCUCGGUGCGGGCGGCAGAGGAGCGGCGCCGCCAGCCUGCCCGCCCGGCCUCACCCUUCGGCAAACAGAGGCCUGAAGAAGAAAGUGCUCCAAUCCCUCCCCAAAUUCGCCUACGCCACCGCCGCCGCCGAAAAUGGCGGCAGGCAGCUCCCGGCGGACUGCGCCAUAUGCCUGGCGGACUACGCCGACGGCGACGAGAUCCGGACGCUCCCGCAGUGCGGCCACGCGUUCCACGUGCAGUGCAUCGACACGUGGCUCGGGUCCCACUCCUCUUGCCCCUCCUGCCGGCGGAUCCUCGUGGUGGGUCGUUGCCAGAAUUGCGGCGGAGGGGAGUUCCCGAAAGUCUCCGUCGCCGGAGAUGGUUCCCGCGCGGGCACUCCGUUCGGCGGCAGCCUUCCCCAAAUGGUAUAGCUUGGCCGCGCCUGAAAUUCAACUAAACCGACCGUAAAUCGCAAAUAGACAAUUACUGUAAGUUCCCCGCGGGGGGGCCCACCAACACUACAGGUUA